AUGGAUCCAAGUUUAGUUUUAGAACAAACCAUACAAGAUGUGUCUAAUUUACAAGCUGAAUUUCAAUAUAUGUUAAAGGAAAUCAGGAGAGCUGAUACUACAGCUAGUGAGCAUAAAAAGAAAUUUUCACAGAAGGAUGUUCAGUUACAAAAAUUCGUGAAACAGAAAGGGUCUAUAGCAGAUAAUCCUGAUGAGGAAAAGCUAACUAAAGAGGUCCAUGAGGAACUAGCUUCACUUGGAAAAUUACAAGAUGAAAAAUGUAUCCUUGCAAAUACUGCAUUAUUCCUUGUAUCAAGACAUGUAGCUAAAUUAGAAAAGAAUAUAGCAAUACUGGAAGAAGAUGGUGUAUUACCCCCAUUAGAAGAAGAAGUAUUAAGUGGUUCUGAGAUAUCAAAGGAAUCGUCUGUAGGAAGUAUAGGUGACAGAAAGAAAAGGUCUGCUACUUCGACUGUGGCACUUGGAACUGUGAAGAAGAAGAAAACUAGUAGUGGUGUAGGUCUUCAGAAAUCGUUGUCACAGCAGCAACUAUUGGACCAGCAGUUACAAUCACAACAACUACAGAAUAUUAAUUUAGCAAAUGCCACCACUGCAACAGAUGGAACUAAUAAUCUUGGUAAACAGACAAAGAUGAAAGGUAGAGAUCCAAGAAUUAAAGGGGAUGGGCAUUCUGUUGAAAAUGACGAAGAAGAUAAAACUUUGUAUUGCUUCUGCCAGCGUGUAUCCUUCGGUGAGAUGGUUGCUUGUGAUGGUCCAAAUUGCAAAUAUGAGUGGUUUCACUAUGACUGUGUGAACUUGAAAGAGCCACCAAAAGGGACGUGGUAUUGUCCUGACUGUACCCAAGAGAUGGCUAAGACAAAACAGAAGAGGAAGAGAAAUUGA